GCGCCGCAGACGCACGGAGGCACAGAGGCGUGCUUUGACCAAGUCAUGACUUCCCAUCGUUUGUUGGCCACCUUUCGCUGGCUUCUGCUGAUACUGAUACCGGGAAUUGUUUAUUCAAAAUUUCGCUCCAGACAGAAUGGGAACCACUUUGACUGCGGCAGUGAUGAGUACUUGUCUGGGGGCCUCUGCUGCAAACUCUGUAAUCCAGGUGAGUUUGCCUGGCAGCCCUGCACGGUCCCCCACACCCGAGGAAUAUGUGAGAGGUGUGACCCAGGGAUGUUCACAGACGCUGGUAAUGGCCUCGACUCUUGUAGAGCUUGCUCCAGCUGUGAUAAAAACCAGGAAAUGGUGUCCAAUUGCUCUGCCACCAGUGACCGGAAAUGCCAGUGUCGAAUUGGUCAUUUUUAUGCUGACCCUCAAUCCCCCGAAUUCUGCCUUCCAUGUAGCAAGUGUCCCCAGGGAGUUCCUGUGCUCCAGGAAUGCAACUCCAGAGCAAACACAGUGUGCAGUUCGGCUGGGACAAAUCAAGGAAAUCGGCUAUUCCUACUAACUGUUCUUCCAACCUUGGCUGUUCCUGCUGUUUUCUGCUAUUGCCUGCGCAGGUGACAUCUGUGAGCAGCAACCUGGUGGAGUCUCUUAGGAAUUUCCAAAGAAGACUGCAAAAUGCUCCUAAUCAAAACUGGCUAACCCGGGACUGAUAUAAACUAGAUGCUUCUAACAGACCAUCCGACCAGCCUGAACACCUGACUUGAACCAGCACUUCCAGACUACUCCAAAGCGGACUACUUCCUAGCGCCAGGCGGUCGCACAGAACCUGGGCAGGAGUGAAACAGAUGUUUGCCAGCCUGUACUCCUUUCCCUGGCCUUUGACCAGCAUUCCAGCCUUCCUGAGCCCUGACGACAACACCCUAAUUUCCACUAACAUGUAGUUACAGAGAGAUUACAUCACCCCUUAUCAUUAACAAAAAAGCCGGGAUUUGGGAUCUAAAAGGAACUCAGGACAAAUGGCUAACCACGGUGCUUAUGAACAUACCAAAGAGCAUGCUGGCCUUCAGGCUCACUCAGUACCUCACUUCUCAACUCUUCUCACCCCAUUCCCUACCCUAAACUGCUCCAACUCAGGAACUUUCCUUCCUCCAGUGUCUCAUUCCUCCAUAAUCCUGCCAUUUUGGCCAUGUGCCUUCUUUUUUAUUAUUAUUAUUUGUUUUAUUAUUAUGUAUAUAGUGUUCUGCCCACAGGCCAGAAGAGGGCACCAGAUCUCAUUACAGAUGAUUGUGAGCCACCAUGUGGUUGCUGGGAAUUGAACUCAGGACCUCUGGAAGAACAGCUGGUGCUCUUAACCACUGAGCCAUCUCUCCAGCCCGGCCAUGUGCCUUCUUGAUCCUCUCUCUCUUGGUGCUAUCUUAGCCCCCAUUUACUUGCUCCCCUUCUCGUUAUGGUCUGGUUCAGUCCACUGGUCAUUAGUCUACUUUCCCUCCCUGCUCUGGACUCUUCCCAUGCCUGUCUGCACUGUCCCUCGUAUCUAUAAUAAAGA